CUAAAAUACUCAAAUUACAGGGGAGAUAAUUAUAGAAUGUAAUUUUAUUUUUUGUUGUUGAUUUCCAUGUUUGCAGUGAGGAAAACAAGUAACAAUGUCUAGAAGAGACUAUGAUGAUGAUUACUCCAGUAGACGAAGGGAUGAUGAUGACUCAAGACGCAGCAGGGAUUAUGAUGACUCAAGACGCAGUAGAGAUUAUGAUGACUCAUCGAAACGGAGAGAUUAUGACGAUUCAUCGAGACGAAGAGAUUAUGAUGAUCCUCAACGACGAGACAGUACUAAAGAUAUGGAUUGUAAAGUGUACAUAGGUGAUUUGGCCAAGGAUGCCACAGAAAAGGAUCUUGACAAACAGUUCAGUUAUUAUGGAACAUUGAGAAGUGUUUGGGUAGCUAGAAAUCCACCAGGUUUUGCUUUCAUUGAGUUUGAAGAUGCUAGAGAUGCUGAUGAUGCUAUCAGGGGAUUAGAUGGAGCCUCUAUAUUAGGGCAAAGAAUUAGAGUUGAACACUGCAGCGGACGAAUUCGACCAAAGCCCUGGGCAGGAUCUUCUAGAGGGGGAGGCGGUGGUGGUUAUAGAGGACGAGGAAGGGGAUUUGGAGCAAGCAGUCGUGGAAGAGGAAAGCCCUAUAACCCAGACGAUAGAUGCUAUAAGUGUGAUCAAAGAGGGCAUUAUGCCUAUGACUGUUACAAAUACAGCAAAAAACGAAAGAGGUCUUAUUCCAGAAGUCGAAGUCGAUCAAAGAGCAGAAGUCCUAGAAGAUACAAUGAUAGAGGAAGUAAAUCACGACGCAGUAGAACAAGGAGUAGGACUCAUUCACCUCGAAGGUCCAGAUCCUCCAGCAGAAGUAGGAGUCCAUACAAAGGAGCAACAGACACCUAGAAAUCCAUAACUAGAAAAGAUGUAUUUCAGAAAGAUUUUAUGUGAAUAAAACAAGUCAUUCAUUUUAUUGUAACCUUAUUUUACUUGCUUUAUAGACUAUUUUUUCCUUAGUCAAAAUCAUUCAGACAAAAAAACAAACUAUUAUUUAAUUCAAAUUAUGUAUAUACACUGACAUGCUUCACAUUUUAAUUGUGAACAUCAUUAAUUGAUAAUUUAUAGCAUUCGAUCAUCAGCAUUUUAUGUACUUAAGUAGCAAGAUUGAUUAUUAAUUUAAUCCUUUCAAUUCAUGUUUGUAUAACUGUCUUGUCUUAUUAAUUGUAUAAGAUUAUAUGCCAUGCUGGAAGUUAGUGUUCAAUUCAAGAAGUUUUUUAAUGUUAAUAUUGUCAUAUCUGUCUGAAUUAGUCAUAACGAAUCUUCAUAAAAAUUUUAUUAAUUGUACUCUAAUUCUUCAGUUAUAUUUUUGAAAGAACAAUAUAAAAGAUAGCCAAUUAUAGAUAUCAGUUCAUCUGUUCAGAUUAAUUUCAUGCAAGAAAAUCUUAUUUUUUGUUAUAUGUAUUGGUUCACAUAUUGAUCUGUAUCAUUUAGGAAAUUACUAAUGUUUGAAAAAUAAUGUAAAUUUUUAUUUUGAUUGUUGAAAUUUUGAAACACAACUGUAUUCCCAAAUAUCUGCUGAUUUUAAAAAAAAAUUUAAAUUCAAUUCUGGGUUAUCAAAUAAUGUUAAUCUAUAUAUACAUGAUGUAUCUGGAACCAAAAUUCCAAACAAAUUUCUUUCCACUUCCAUCAACAUCCAAAAAUUAUCUACCAUUCAGCAUUUGUCUUAUCACCUGUAAAUUAAAUAAUAUGAAUUAGACUUCUCCUACAAGCCUACUUCUAUUCCUCUUGAGUUGUGAAACAAAAUACUACAAUUUUAAAUUUGAUUUGGAAUAGGGUGGGAUAAUGGCUAACUCAUGGGCUGCUGGUCAUGAAAACUAGUAAGUAUUAAUUAUAUAAUAUGUAAGUUCUCUUUUAUAUAAAUAUUUCAUGUGUACUGUCAAUUACAUGUUUCUGUUGCUAUUUUGGUUUAAACUAAAUAAAACAUUGGUAUUUUUAAAGACA